CAUAGGGUCCCGAGAGCAGUCAGGCGGGUGGGAGGGACUGGAGCGAAAGUUACCGGCUCGAGAGCCGGGAAGGUUAUGGAGCCGGACCCCGCCGCGUCCCCUGGGCCUUCCCGCUCCUUCAAAGAGGAGCUGCUGUGCGCCGUCUGCUAUGACCCCUUCCGCGAUGCCGUGACUCUGCGCUGCGGCCACAACUUCUGCCGCGGGUGCGUGACCCGCUGCUGGGAGGUUCAGGUGGCGCCCACCUGUCCGGUGUGCAAGGACCGCGCGGCCCCCGCCGACCUGCGCACCAACCACACCCUCAACAACCUGGUGGAGAAGCUGCUGCGCGAGGAGGCCGAGGGCGCGCGUUGGACCGGCCACCGCUCCCCGCGCCUCUGCCGCCUGCACCGCGGCCAGUUCAACCUCUUCUGCCUCGACGACAAGGAGCUGCUGUGCUGCUCGUGCCAGGCCGACCCCCGGCACCAGGGACACCGCGUGCAGCCGGUGAAGGACACCGCCCACGACUUUCGGGCCAAGUGCAGGAACAUGGAGCACGCGCUGCGGGAGAAAGCCAAGGCCUUCUGCGCGAUGCAGCGCUCCUACGAGGCCAUCGCCAAGCACAAUCAGGUGGAGGCCGCCUGGCUGGAAGCACGGAUCCGGCGGGAAUUUGACAAGCUCCGCGAGUUCCUGCGCGUGGAGGAGCAGGCCAUCCUGGAUGCCAUGGCCAACGAGGCAAGGCAGAAACAGCACCUGGCGGAGGAGAAGAUGAAGCAGCUGAGGGAGGACACGGAGGCCUUGGCCCACGAGAUUGAGCGGCUGCAGAUGGAGAUGAAGGAGGAUGACGUAUCCUUUCUCAUGAAACACAAGAGCCGAAAACGCCGCCUCUUCUGCACAAUGGAGCCGGAGCCCAUCCAACCCGGCAUGCUCAUCGACGUCUGCAAGUACCUGGACUCCCUGAAGUACCGCGUCUGGAGGAAGAUGGUUAUGUGUGUCGAAUCUGUGCCUUUCAGCCUCGAUCCCAACACCGCGGCUGGCUGGCUCUCCGUGUCUGACAACCUCACCAGCGUCACCAACCACGGCUACCGGGUGCAGGUGGAGAACCCGGAGCGCUUCUCGUCGGCACCCUGCCUGCUGGGCUCCUGCAUCCUGUCGCAAGGCUCACACGCCUGGGAGGUGGACCUGGGGGCGCUGGCCAGCUGGCGCGUGGGGGUGGUGCGGACGCGACAGGAUGCGUGCACCGAGGGCCACGCGCACAGCUGCUACCAUGACACGCGCUCGGGCUUCUGGUACGUGGGCCGCACGCAGUGCGUGGACGGCGACCACUGCGUGACCUCGGACCCCGCCACGUCGCCGCUGGUCCCCGCCAUCCCGCGCCGCCUGCGCGUGGAGCUGGAGUGCGAGGAGGGCGAGCUGUCCUUCUAUGACGCUGAGCGCCACUGCCACCUGUAUACUUUCCACGCCCGCUUCGGGGAGGUGCGGCCUUACUUCUACCUGGGUGGCUCGCGGGGUGACGGGCCCCCGGAACCACUGCGCAUUUGCCCGCUGCGCAUCACCAUCAAGGAGGAGCUGGAUGGCUGAGGACCCCCAGGUCCGCCGGACUCCGCUUGCAUCCAGCAGUCGGUCCCAGUUCCUUGCUGUCCCUUCCCAAAGCCACGCUCGCCUUGGUACCUCUCUACCGCCUGCCUUCUUACCAGGAUCUUCCCAUUGACCUACCCUGUCAUUUUCUGUGGCUCCAGGCCACGGGCCUCUCCCCCCGCUUUUUUUCGUCCCUUCUCUCCCCUCAUUUGAAGUCAGCAAGAAGACACUUCCUGGGUCAGGCUUUUUCCGAAGUUGUGGCAUCCUCUGGAUGUGAAUUUCCUGAUCCAGAUUCUAAGAUUUCUGGGGAUAAUGUUUGUUUCUAGAAUGGGUCUGUUUAAAAAAAUGUAGGUUUUUUGUUUUUUAAAAUCAUUUUCCAAGUGUGGUGAGGCCAGCAGAUGGGAGGGGACUGCUGUUGAAAAGAGUUUGUUACUUACAGUUCCUAGGAGAAGGGGUGCUGCGGCAGGGCGGUGGAGGGGACCAGGGGACGCACCAGAGUCCUUAGGAGGCAAGGGGUGUGCCUUGCAUGGACAGGAACAGAGGAGGCAGGGUGCUGGGUGAGUGGGUUUAUGAUCGGCAAAUCUGAAUACUUUUUACAGGUUCUGGGGCAUAGCGGCUGCCCCUAGUUGUCCUGAAACCUGAAUGUGGGUUGAUUGUGCAUGUGUGUGUGCUCAGUCAUGUCCAACUCUUUGUGACUUUAUGAGCUGUACCCACCAGACAUCUCUGUCUGUGCAGUUUUCCAUUCAAGAAUCCUGGAGUAGGUUACCAUUUCCUAUUCCAUGAAAUCUUCCUGAUGCAGGGAUUGAAUCCGCAUCUCCUACAUUGGCAGGCAGCUUCUUUACCGCUGAGCCACCUGGGAAGCCUGUGGGUUGAUUAGCCCAGGGGAUUAUUGGCUUGGAGUGGAGCCUGGUGCCAGCUUGGCACAGGUGGUUGGGGUACCGUCUUGCAUGUAAAAGGUUGACUGCAUUCAAAAGGCGCACUCACAGGGGAGUUGUUUGCUGUCUGCAGGAACUUGCUAGUCAGGGAAGCCCCAGGAGCCAGAGUGUCAAGAAUUCAGAAAAGAAGAAAAUAUGGUUAUUCCAGCACCAUUGCCAUGGCUUUGGGCAGGACCCAUGCCCUGGCUUGUCUGUCACUUCAUACCGGUAUUUAAAGCUGCUCCGUAGGCCUCGGUGGGGCCCUUCAGGGCGAGGGUGGGGACAAAGCUGCCCAUCCAAUCGGCUCUAACUUAUAGAUUAAGAAUUCUUGCACAAUUUCCUCUGAACAGAGUUUCCAGAGCACUUUAAAAAACAAUUUAAAUAUGCUUCUCACUUUCCUCAUGUGCAGAUGAGAUAGUAGAUCUGGAAGGUGAUGGAUGUGCUGCAGUCGUGUGGAGGACCCUUCUCUGGCUCCUCUCACAGGUACAGGAGGCGGAGGAGAGGGGCCCUUUGUGUUAGGAGGGAAGGGAGGCGGUUCUGUCCAGGGAGGGGUUGGUGUCAGGAACAAGGAGGAGGGGGCUCCAGGACUCUGGUCUUUGCUGACCUCAGCCUGCUCAUUCUUGUUCUGCUGCCUUUUACGUCUUCAUCCUGAUUUCUUCUCCCCCUACUGUGCCUCCAGACUCCUAUCCCCACCUUUUCGUCUUCACACAUGCCUAUGGAGAGUUUUUAAUUGUUACCUCACUGUGUCCUGGGACAGGGAAUGUCUCCCCGUAGGAGCAGUGUUGUAAUGAAGGUGUUUUCUUUACUGAAGACUCACAAACUUUCUCCUGCUUGUGUCUCUUGGUUCAGCGAAAUGGACAUUUUAAACAGAAAUGAUGAUUCAAAACUAAAAAUUGGUUAUAAGUGUGAUGUGCCCAUCAUUGGUGGCCAGGGGAGGGAGGUGGUAGGAUAUACCACUGAGUCAAGGGGGCCAUGUGCAGGAGAGGGGUGAGGAUGUUGGCAAAGGGGUGGAUGUGAGCUGAGCAGCCCCUCUAAAGAUGCUCAGACUCAGCAAAGCUCAAGGCACUUUGGACCCAACACAUCUGAGUCCAGUAUGCACUUUCUGCCAUAAAGUAUUUUAUCUAGCCCAUCAAAUGCAAAUCACUACCUAAUAAAUCUUGAUCUGAAACUAUUUUGUUAGUUGUUGUAAACUUUUAAAAAUGUUUUUCCUUUCCACCUGAGGUGUUGGAAGGGCUUUGUUUUGAUUUUAUAGGAUAUUGUGGAUUGCCUAGGCCCCUUUUUACCAAAAUAAAGUGUUUGAGCCAAAGCACACUUUUUUUUUUUGACAUUUUCCUUUCAGUGUUCUCAUAAGCAAAAAAUUUCAUUAACCUUGUAGCAUGUAUUCAGUGUUUUUGUUUUUGUCAUUGGAUAAUCUAUUAUAUGGAUAUAUACUGCAUUUUACUUACCAACUCUUCGGUUGGUGAAAACAUUUUGAUUGUUUUCACUUUUUGCCAUUAUGAAUAAUGCUGCUGUAAACAUUUAUGUGCAAGAUUUUGUGUGGACAUGUGUUUUUUGUUCCCUUGGAUGGGUAACUGGUGCAGACUUGCUGGAUCAUGUGCUGACUCUUGUUUAACCUUUUGAGGGACUGCCAGGCCAUUUUCCAGUGUGGCCGCACCUUUGUAUGGUCUUACCAGUAAUGUAGCGAGGUUCCAGUUGGUCCCUAUCCUCAUUAGCACUUGUUACUGUCCGUCUUUUAACUUGGGCAUCCUAGUAGAUGUGAGGUCUAUCUCAUUGUAGUUUUGACUUGGAUUUCCCUAAUGACUCAUGGUAUCGAGCCUCUUUUCAGGUGCUUAUUGUCCAUUUGUUUACCUUCUUAGGAGAACUGACUUCAGAUCCUUUGCCCAUUUUAAAAUCUUUUUUUGUUUUUUUUACUAUAAACAACAGUUGCGAGAGUUCUUCAUACAUUCUAGAUACAAGUCCCUCAUCAAGUACAUGAUUGCCAGAAAUUUCUACCACUCUGUGGUUGUAUUUUCACUUUCUGGAAGGUGUCCUUUGAAGCACAAAAGUUUUCAUUUUGGGGUCCGGUUUAUUUUUCUUUUUGUUGUUUGUGUAUCCUUUCACAUUGCCCUUAAGCCAGUUGAUUCCAGGUUCUAGGUCUUGGCUCAGGCAUGGGCAGCCAUCUCAGCAUGGGUAGCUGUUGUGUUGACAAGGAGCCCUAGUUCAGGAGCCCAUUCUUCCCUUGAGCCCUCCUACCCAUGCGAUGUGAUAAUUGAGUGUGUGCAUGGGAGCCCAGGUAAGCUGUAUCCGAAAGUUUUAUAAGCUGGCAGCAUCUUUGGUAAAGAGAAAGCAGCCGGAACCAGAAAUCCAGAUUCCUAUACCCAAGUCCCAACCGUAUGAUUUAUGAGCUACUGAGCCUUUAAGCCUCUGCUCCCUCAUCUAAAUGAGGAUUUAGGGUACCUACCUCAGGUUGUUGUAGAGAUUAAAUAAGGGGAUUUGGGGGGCACACAUACUAUGUAUUAUGUCCUAAACAUACUAUAGACUCAGUGCGUGUUGGCUAAUUCUUCAGAAAGUGGAAGAUUUUGAAUGCUGACAUUAUGAUUCAUGUUAAUGAAAAACCCCAAAGGAAAUUGAGAAACGAACUUACAUUGGGAGUGCUUAAAUUUCUUGAGACUGGAAGGUUAUAAACAUAAAACUUACAUUUAUUAAAAACAACAUGGGUAAAUUGUGAUGUUGUAAUGACUUGAGAAGACUAGGAUUUAUACAUAUAGACAUGCAACACACAAUUUGUCUCUAAUUUGUGUGUGUUGUUUGGUGAGAUCACCCACUUAUGUGGCUGUAGAUUCAAAAGGUACAAAAGAACAGCCUCUCCCACUUCUGCCCAGACACUCAGCUCCCUUCCUUGUGGACAGUCAUAUUACCAUGAAAAAAAUCCUUCCAGAGGGAUUUCAUGUACAGCAGUAUGCUGUUGUGAGUAUAUUCUGGUCCCCCCAAUGCACUGUAAUUUAAAAGCAGAUACUUUGGGGGGCUCCCCUGGUGUCUCAGUGGUACAGAAUCCAUCUGCCAGUGCAAGGAGACAUGGGUUUGAUCCCUGGUCCAGGAAGAUCCCACCUGCCAGGGAGCAGCUAAGCCUGUGCGCCGCAGCAGCUGAAUCUACCCCUAGAGCCUGUGCUCUGUAACGAGAAGCCACAGUGAGAAGCCUAUGCUCACAGCAACUUGAGAAAAGCCUGCGCAGCAGCGAAGACCCGGCACAACCAAAAAUAAUAAACAAAAGCAGAUGCUCCAGGUCUGCAUCUCUAAGCAACCCAACAGAAGGAGACAACUCAAAGGAUGUUAUUAAGAUAAUUUCCUCCCCUCUAAGAGGAGGUUUGUCAUGGAUGUUUUCAUGUAGUCAGUUCAACUGGUGCAUUCAGCUUCUUGUUUAUUUCACCCUAAGGUUUUAUUUUAUUUUAUUUUUCAAAAUAGAUACUGUUUUAUUAACAUUUAAAACCAAUGUUAUGAUUAGUGAAAUUAUAAUAGGCAGAGCUUUUAAUGAUUGUUGAAAUAUUACAAUAGGCAGAGCUUUUAAUGGAGCAACGUAGUAAAACCCAUCAUUGAACAGAAGGCCUUGGUUGCUGACAGAAUCUCGACUUAAGACAAACCUAAGGGAGUCAGUAAUGAAGUCUAGGAUCGGUAAACGCGAGCAGAUAUCGCAGAUGCCAACCAUUAAAUGGUUUUCCCAUGCAGGGCACCCUAAAGUUUUAAAACAGGGAAAAAACAAAGUGGAAUUUAGCUGCUCAUGACAUGGAAGACAAACCUUACACUUGAGACCUCAACAUACGUUUUUAAAAUCUCAGUCCUUACCAAGGUAUCUAGUGACCUACAUAGCUAGCUAGACCUGGGUUCAAAGUCUGCCUCAGCCACUGUGUGACCUUGGGAGAGUUACCUAACUUCUCAGUGCCUUAGUUUCAUUAUGUGAAAAAUGGAGAUCUUAAGAUGAGUGGAGAUAAUAACCUACCUCAUAAGGUGGUCAUGAGAUUAAGUGAGCAAAUGUGUAAAAUAGGACAAGGUCUGACAUGGACUUGGCAGUUGAGAGUUCACUGUUGUUUUACUUGGCUGUGCUACUGUAGAGCUCUGGUACUUCAGAUAAAGCCAUUCAACUUCUCAUCUGUAAACAGGGAAAUGAGGACAUGUGCAUGAUUUUUGAAGGUCUUUUCCAGUUCUAAUGUCCUUUGAUUUGCAAUUUGUGUCACUAGCAAAGGCUGGUAUCCUGCACACGGUAGGGGCUGCUGAUUCCAGGUGCUGCAGCUGACCAGCAUUCAAGAACCUGAGUGUGGUUUGGUAUUAGGAGCCUUGUUUCCUCAUGUGUUAAGUCUGGAGAAAAACUAAAUAGUCAUCAUGUUUGAAGGAUGGCAAGGUUGUUCCAGAGAGGAGCAAGUCUUGGGAAAUUGUUCCUAAGAUUAGUAAUCAAUCAUGCGCAAUAAAAUUGGACAGUCAUGUUUCACAGA